AUGGAUGCGGUCAAACUGCUGUUCAUUGAGCAACUUCAGUAUAACCCGCUGACGGCCUCGAUCACCACCGUGUCCACGGUGACCCUGAUCGCCACACUGAAGGCGUCUAAGGUUGCCGCUGAUAUUUCGCUGCUUUCCCAUGCCAUGGAAACUAAUACGGCCCCUCGUCUCUUCAGACAAAUAUACCUUUCUUAUCGGGGGGCUCAGGCCACGAUGCAAGCCAUUAGUGCCGAAGAGGCGAUGGCUACGGCUACCGAUCUGCUGGUAGUGGCACAAGCCUCGGCAGCUCUUUAUAACGCCACGGUAAAUCUCGCCGAUUUGAACGUCGAACGAAACUUAUACAACACCUACUUGAGUCGGUUUGGUAACGUGUGGUAUCUCACCAUUUUCUCCAUCAUCCUCGCCUAUCUUUUGUUAAUGUUGAUCAAGCUGAGGUAUUGGUGGUUCAACAUUACCAUGAUUUGUGGCUACGGGCUCGAGUGGAUGGGGUUCUUAGGUCGGGUACUCAGUUUCCUGGACACCAGCAAGAUGGAUUACUAUUUGUUACAAUACGUUGCCCUCACGCUUGCCCCCGCCUUCAUCAUGGCGGCAAUUUACUUCUUAUUCGCACAGUUGGUGGUCAUUCAUGGUCGACUGUUCUCAGUUCUUAAACCAUUGUGGUACCUGUAUUUCUUCGUAACCUGUGAUGUGGUAUCCCUUUUAAUUCAAGCCGGUGGUGGUGGUGCUGCUUCCGCUGCUACCAACAAUGGUACGGACGAAAAACCUGGUGUAAACACUAUGAUUGCGGGUAUUGCCUUUCAGGUGUUUUCCAUGACGGUGUUCUUUAUUUUCUGGUUUGAAUUUCUUAACCGUCUUUGGUUUCGCCACGGAGAAGGGGCGUUGGCUAAGCGCACUCCUGCCAACAUUGCCAAGUUUUUCUUCAACACCAAGUCGGUACAAAAUUACCGGGAGCAACAAUUGGAGCCCUACUACAACCCUGGUUUUGCUUUCAUUCGUCAUCGCAAGUUGUUCGACUGGAUGCCGCUAGCGAUUACUGUGGCGGUGGCGGCGGUGUACAUUCGAAGCAUUUACCGGGUGGUAGAACUCGCGCAAGGGUUUUCGGGUUAUUUGAUCGUCCAUGAAGUCUUCCUCUUUGUGUUGGAUGCGAUGAUGAUCUCCAUUUGUGGGCUCAUUUUCCUUCCUUUCCACCCGGUGUGGUCGUUGGGCACUCAACAGAUUGUUCGUCUUGCCACCAUCAAGAAAAACGAAGAUGAAGUUAAUGCUAAGAAUGUGAAUUCGGCCCACGCCGAAUAUGUCGACGACAAAGAUUCGCAAAGCGUUAUCUUUUCGAUGAACCCAAUACAGGAUACCCUGACCCCUCCUCGCGAGCUCAAGUGA